CUCCACACAUGUCUUCACAUUCUCACCUGCAAGCUUCAAGACAUGGUGUUCUUCGCUCGGCGAACAUCGACGGCCCAUAAUGGCUGCGCAAUCAACCCUACGCAAUCCCUAUGAUCCCUUGUUAGCCCUCUACAAUCAUUAUGCCGCAAUUCUCCGGUCCCGCGUCACCCACACAUCAAAACUCACAAAGCUGCUGUCCACCAUCACGUUUACGCUGACGAUACUCGGCGUGGGCUAUGGGGGCAAUCGCUGGUACAGACGGCGACGCGCCGAGAAAGAAACAGGUAAGCGCCUUCUACGAAGGAACUCAGGCCUAAGAGGCAAGGACGGCUCCAGGACCAUCUACGUGCCAUACCAGGACUCGACUUCCAAGGUCGUCAUCCACCCCACGAAGCCCACUACGUUCGAUGCCCACCGUCGCCUCUUCCUGCAGCCUCCGCGUGCGGCACGCUUGGCUGACGGAAGCAACCUCCAAGCGCCUCCACCACAGAUAAAGCCCGGGCUAAACCUAGCUUUCCUGCACCAGUUCCUAAGCCUCCUGAACAUAAUGAUACCAAGAUGGAACAGCAAAGAGACAGGUCUUCUCAUUAGCCACGGCAUGUUUCUAAUGCUGCGGACCUAUCUGUCACUAGUUGUAGCGCGUCUGGAUGGCGAGAUCGUCCGCGAUCUGGUCGCCGGUAACGGAAAAGCAUUCCUAUGGGGUAUCGUUAAAUGGCUGGGGGUGGGGAGCUUUGGCUCAUACACAAAUGCCAUGAUUAAGUUCCUCCAGUCUAAGGUUUCGAUAGCUUUCCGCACCCGACUCACUCGCUACAUUCACGAUCUCUAUCUCAACCCUCACCUCAACUACUACAAGCUGUCGAAUCUAGAUGGCGGUAUUGGGCAAGGCGCAGAUCAAUUCAUUACCCAAGAUCUCACCCUUUUCUGUGCCUCAGCCGCUUCGCUUUACUCGUCCCUUGGGAAACCUUUCGUCGAUCUCUGCGUUUUCAACUACCAGCUCUUUCGCUCUCUCGGACCCCUAGCAUUGAGCGGACUCCUGGCAAACUAUUUCCUAACCGCCACUAUCCUCCGACGAUUAUCGCCUCCCUUCGGAAAGCUUAAGGCCGUGGAAGGUCGCCGAGAAGGAGACUUCCGCGCCCUCCACUCGCGUCUCAUUGCCAAUGCUGAAGAGGUUGCAUUCUAUGGUGGCGACCAGAUGGAGCGCCAUUUCCUUGAAAAGGGCUUCAAGGAGCUAAAGCAUUGGAUGGAAGGAAUCUAUAGCCUCAAGAUCAGGUAUAAUAUGCUUGAAGAUUUUGUGUUGAAGUACUCAUGGUCAGCAUUCGGGUAUCUCAUCACAUCACUUCCAGUCUUCCUGCCAACCUGGGGAGGUUUGGACGGCGCCCCAGAACUAAUUGGGGGGGUGGGAGAACGCCAAAAUCGGGAACGCAACCGUAUGAAAGACUUCAUCACUAACAAGCGGCUCAUGCUUUCACUUGCGGAUGCAGGCGGCCGUAUGAUGUACUCCAUUAAAGACCUCUCAGAACUAGCAGGAUAUACAUCGCGGGUAUACAUGCUCAUCAGCACACUUCAUCGCGUCCACGCAGAUGCAUACUACCCUCUUCCUGGUACUCGACCUGAACUGUACUCCUUAUCAGACAUCCAAGGAACCAUCCACAAGGGCUUCGAUGGUGUUCGGUUAGAACACGUACCUGUCGUGGCUCCUAGCCUGUAUCCUAUGGGAGGCGAGGACCUUAUCGAAUCUCUUUCAUUUAUCGUGCACUCAAGCGAACACCUUCUCAUCACUGGACCCAAUGGGGUUGGUAAAAGCGCAGUGUCACGCAUCGUUGCAGGACUUUGGCCAACCUAUCGUGGCCUCGUUAGUAGACCUCGCUCUGUAGGUGUGGACGGUAUUAUGUUCCUUCCCCAGCGACCUUACUUGAGCACCGGAACUCUCCGGGAUCAGGUUAUCUAUCCUCAUACUGAGGUGGACAUGAAAGACUCUGGUCGACGAGACUUUGAGCUCAGCCAAGUCCUUGGCGAGGCCAAGCUAGGCUAUUUACCAGAUCGGGAGGGUGGCUGGGAUACCAGGAAAGAUUGGAAAGAUGUCCUAAGUGGAGGCGAGAAACAAAGAAUGGGUAUUGCGAGAUUACUAUAUCAUGAGCCGCGAUAUGCUUUCAUUGACGAGGGCACGAGUGCCGUUAGUAGUGAUGUUGAAGGAUUGCUUUAUGAGAUGGCGAAGGCAAAAGGCAUCACUCUCAUCACCAUCUCUACCCGAGCAUCUCUGAAACGGUACCAUACUUACACUUUGACUCUCGGUCUUGGUGACAAUGGUGACGAAUGGGAACUCCAGCGAAUCGGUACUGAGAGCGAAAAGUCGUCCGUCGAAAAGGAGCUGCGUGAACUACGGGAACGCCUUGCAAAGGUGGAAGAAUGGAAGCAAAGAAAGGAAGAAAUUGAAGAUGAACUGAACAAGGUGUGGGUGGACGGUGGGGAGGAACUACCGCCUCCGCCGUAUGUAGACAGCGAGAACGAUGGGCAGGUCUCGCCAACAUUAACCUAACCCCUUGUACUAGUGUAUGUACUAUGUGUUAUAUAGGGAUUUGCAUCAGCAACACAUUCAAAAAUAGCACAGCAUCCUAGGAGCAGAUCCUGUGUACCCGGUACGAGGAUAUUGCUAAUCUAUUGUGUCCAACGUCCUGAAAGUAUGAGAGCCCAAUUCUUUCACGAUGGGCCUUAAUUUCCUAGUGUAUGCUAGUCUUUCCUUUACUUGGGAGUUUCAAAGCAGUGCUCGUUCAUGUGGUGCGAAUCUUCUAUCAAAUCCGAGUGGGUAUUACAGG